AUGGCGUGCUCGAGCGGGACGUCCUCCACGACGUCGUCCCAGCUGGCGGCGGCGCCCGCGGGGAGCAACUCCGGGUCGGAUUCGUCGGAGCUCCAGGCGCUGAUGCACGAGAGGAAGCGGAAGCGGAUGGUGUCGAACCGGGAGUCGGCGCGGAGGUCGAGGGAGAGGAAGCAGAAGCACCUCGACGAUCUGACGGCCCAGGUCGCCCAGCUGACGGAAGAGAACGGCCAGAUCUUGACCAGCAUCAACAUCACCACCCAGCAUUUCCUGUCCCUGGAAGCAGACAAUUCCAUCCUCCGGGCCCAGGUCGGCGAGCUCAGCAACCGGCUCGACUCCCUCAACGACAUCCUCCAGUUCCUCACCGCCACCGCGACUCCUUCGCCGCCGACCACCGCUGACGGAGGAGGGUAUUUUGGGUUCGAGUACGAGGCGCCGGCGGCGGCAGCUGUAAUGGCAGAGCAGCAACAUUGCUGCUUCAUGAACAACAUGGGGUUUCUGAACCAUCAGCCUCUUAUGGCUUCUGCGGCUGCUAAUGAUGUUUUCCUCGUGAAUUAA